CGCUCAAUAAAAUGUCAGCUUCGCACGUUUUGACAAAGAUGUCGCUAGUGGAUUCUGAAGUUCUUGAAGUUCUGUGUGUACGUGAAUAGUGGGAACCCAACCCAAAACUUUGGAAUUUCUAACUUUUUUAAACCCCGAACAGAGAAAAAUUCCAAAAUGCAGACAAUUAAAUGUGUGGUUGUUGGUGAUGGAGCGGUCGGUAAAACAUGUUUACUUAUUAGCUAUACAACCAACAAAUUUCCUUCAGAAUAUGUUCCAACAGUAUUUGAUAACUAUGCAGUUACUGUUAUGAUAGGUGGUGAACCAUAUACACUAGGACUUUUUGAUACAGCAGGUCAGGAAGAUUAUGAUAGGCUUAGGCCUUUAAGUUACCCACAAACAGACGUCUUCCUAGUUUGUUUUUCAGUAGUCAGUCCUUCUUCCUUUGAAAAUGUUAAAGAAAAGUGGGUUCCUGAAAUAACACACCACUGUCAAAAAACGCCAUUUCUGCUUGUCGGGACACAAGUGGACCUGAGAGAUGACGGAGCUACUAUAGAAAAACUAGCCAAAAACAAGCAGAAGCCAAUCUCCAUCGAGCAGGGUGAAAAAUUAGCUCGCGAACUUAAAGCUGUCAAAUACGUAGAGUGUUCCGCUCUGACACAGAAAGGUUUGAAGAACGUCUUCGACGAGGCCAUACUAGCGGCCCUGGAACCGCCAGAGCCAGUAAGACGUAAAAAAUGCCUUAUUCUCUAAAGCUUAUUUGUUUUGCGUUACAAAAAAAACGCUGCAAAAGUGUUUGUUGCAAACUAAACUAGAUAAGACAGAGACUAUAUCGGAUUUGAAAGCAAAGAUAUUGACUAAAUAGGUAGAUUUGAACCAUGGUAUAUAGUGAUAGGAAUCACAUUAUGUGCUUGAGUUAUGGUACAUUGGCUUUCAGCGUGAUUCCAAGUUUCACCAUCACCUAACCGGCGUAUAUACAGGGUGAUUCAGUAUAUAUUCUGAAAAAGCACCUUACCAUGUAUUUUUUGUUGACAUUAUCACUUCAUUUUCAAUUACAAAAUAUGUGGGCAAUAGUAGCAGACAGAUGUACAGGGGGUGAUUCAAAUAUAUUUUUUUAGUCGCCCACCAUAAUUAGAUAUACUGAGCAGUUUUUGAAUUAUGACCAUUUUAUUACAAUAGUGUGCUUUUCAAAACUAUGUUUACUAAAAUACACUAUUAUUGCGUGGUAUAUACAGGGUGAGUCAAAACUAGAUGAUGUAAUUUCCUCAACUAUUUGAAAUGGAAUACCCUGUAUUAUGAUAAAAAUGAACAUAAGUUUUGAUAAAUAUUUUUUAUAAGAGUACUGCUUUCUCAAUAAAUAUUGAUCUGUGUUGAUUUAUAAUAUAAAAUACAGGGUGUUUCAUCUGAAAUAAUGGAUAAAAAUUAUAUCUAGUUUUAAUUCAGCCUGUAGAUAUCCAAUAUGAUUUGCUUUAAAAUGGACACCAUUAAAAACAUAAAAAGAAAUUUUAUGUGAAAUCUUCAGUGAAAGAAUUACAGUAUUUUCUUUAAAAACUAAUCUUAUACAAAAAAUAUGAGAUGAUGCUUUUUUGCAAGACUGUUUCACCCUGUAGAUAUAUCUAUAAGCUGGUUCAAGUUGCACAGGAAAAAAUCUAUUUAAUCUUAAGAUUUAAUGUAUAUUUAGGACUUUUUUACAGAUUACAGUGAACUUACAAACCUGGUAAUAGGGUAACUAUAAGUAAAAAUAAUUAAAAUGCUUUUCUGAAUUUAAAAAUAUUAUAAUUUGAUUAUUAAAGUACUUUAUUUAGAUUCUUUUUUUAAAUUUGUAUAAAUCAGCUAUAAUUCUUUAUUGUAAUCUUGUACAAAGAGGUUUAUUUGAAGUUGUUUUAAAUGUAUUCUGUAGCACGUAAAAAUUAAAUUUAUUAUAAAAAAAUACUUGAAGAAUUUAUAUUUAUGGAAAGUGUGGUGCUAUUAGCAACUUUGUAUUAUUUUAUACGUUUGAAACAACUUAGAACUGAAUAAGUAAUGUUGCAAAACAUUUUAUCACUACAAAAUAAUAGAGUUGCUUUCUUAAAGUAAAGUAAAACUGAUGCUCCGAUAUUUUUUAGUAAAUAUUAUGAAAAUUUCAUUGUUUUCCUUUGCUUUGUACCUCCGUAUGACAGAUGACCAUCUAGACAUCUGUCAUACAGAGAUAAACCAACUGUAAUAUUUUUAAUUUUUAAGUCGAACAAUAAAAAAAAUCAGUUGUAUAUACCGCUGCGCGAAUGAAUAAAUAUAUUAUAAAUAAUGUUUAAAAUGCAUUUAAGGAAACUAUUGAAUUACUAAGGAGGUUUUAUUUUUUAAUACUAACACUAUAUAUAUGUCGAUUAAUUUUUAAGUGUGUGAAUACCGAGUGAUGAGUUUUUUGUGAUUGAGUUGAAUUUAUUAUAAUCUAAUUUAAAUAUUUACUACCGAAAUAAAGAGAAAAAUGUACGUACAGAAA